GAUACUUGCGACGCACGAGGAGUUUGUUCUCCGGUCAGGCUCGCGCACUGGGAUCCUGAUCCUAACCGUCACAAACACACAAAAGCGCGGAUAACGAAUAUGAUUUCCCUCACAAACCAACACUAAACGGAGUAAAGUGUACGCUUUCGUCUCAUCUUUCAUCGCAGAGAUGAAAUGUUCUGUCAGUUUCCACACACCUUUGAUGUGACGCGCUCCAAGUAGCGGGAAUUUCCCGUGACAGACAGCAGGUGGGAUUCCACUGAGAGGAGAGUUGUUGUUGUUGGAAAUGGGACCGGGUCUCGGCUCUUUUGGAUACGGUACCGGAGGAACCGCGUUUUCUUGAACGGAGAGCAGUCGAUACAAGGAGACCGACGAGAUGCGCUCCGACCACAGUUUCAUCCUGCUGCUCCUCAACGGGAUAGCGUGCUUGCUUGCUCUCGGACAGGAAGAUACCCACUCCUCAUCUUCUUCCUUUUCCUCCCCUUCAUUCAAGUCAUCCUCCCCUGCCAACUCCUCUAAAACUCUGGGGGUUCUGGGAGCUCAGGGUUCGGCCUCACCCUUGAGCCGCUUGGUGAUGCAUAGCCGAGGCCAUGCCGCCAAUACUUCCACGAUGGAGCAGGAAUUUUGGGAAAUGCUGGGUAGCGACCUCCUUAAAUCAGACACAGAUGCAUCGGGAAACUCCCGUGUCAAGCGCCAUCCCCCAAUCGUCAAAACGGGCAAAUUUAAGAAGAUGUUUGGCUGGGGCGACUUCUACUCCAACAUCAAGACAGUGCGCCUCAAUCUGCUCAUCACGGGUAAGAUUGUGGAUCACGGGAACGGAACCUUCAGUGUCUACUUCCGUCAUAAUUCCACUGGCCAGGGGAACAUCUCUGUCAGCCUGGUUCCUCCGGUGAAGGCGGUUGAGUUUGACUUAGAGCGCCAGAGUGUGGUCUACCCUAAAGACUCCAAGAUCUUCAACUGCCGCAUAGACUACGAGAAGGUGGACCGCAGCAAACGCACCUCGCUCUGCAACUAUGACCCUUCCAAGACCUGCUUCCAGGAGCAGACACAAAGCCACGUGUCCUGGAUCUGCUCCAAACCCUUUAAGGUCAUUUGUAUCUACAUUUCAUUCUACAGCACAGACUACAGACUGGUGCAGAAGGUCUGCCCAGACUAUAAUUACCACAAUGAGAUGCCCUACCUACCUUCAGGGUAGAUCUAAAAGGACCAGCGAACUAAAGGAGUAAGAAAGGCUGGUUGGGGGAAGGGGUUAAUAAAUGAGGGAUAUCUGGAGGAGAUUGAACGUUAAUUUGGGAGGGGGAUAUUUUAAAUGAUACUUCUUGAAAGACUCUUCAGAAUUUUAACAUUGAGCUUUUGAAACGCCCCCUUAUGACCUCAACUUUCUCUUCUGUAUGGCCUGUAGUCAUCACAGAUGCUUCUCUAAAGGUGAAUGUACAGUAUUUGAUGUGCUGCAGUUGAUGUCUUAAAGAAGUUCUGAAACAACCUGGCAAAUGUGACGUCCAAAAACACACAGCAUAUGCAAAACCAAAUUGUCAGGCCUAGGUGAAAGUGUUUUGCUGCUCAGGAUGGGAGGGUCCUCUACGUCAGUACAAGUCCCUGAUUGGCUGCCCUCAUCAACGCCCAGUUUAACCAUCUUCUAAUCCAGUACUCAACUUUUGGGGCAAAAAAAAAUAUAAAACAUACUUGUAUGCUGGUCAGCUCAGAGUACUAUGCAGAGGUGGAAGAGGUUGUACUUUUGGUGUAACUUGUUUGUUUUGUUUUUUCUUAAAAUAUAAACACUUUAGCAGGAAUUAGCUUACACAACCCAACACGGGACAUUAGCAAACACACAAUAUGCCUCAUUGACGCCUGUCUCCACCUCUGUAUAUUAAAAACCAGAAAGAAUGACGGAAAAAUCGACUGAAAAGACACCUGAAGCAAUGUGGUAGUGCAGUAGAAGCAGAAUGCAAAAGUGAAAGAGCAAAAUUAUCAGAUUCAACAGUGAGAUAAGAGUCUCCCCUCCUUUAUGUCAAUGAGAAAGAAACAGAGAGAUACAGAGAGAAUGAAAGCAGAAUAGAAAGCUCUCUAAUUAAAAUACAGUGCAGAAAAAGAGAUGUCAAUUCUGCAUUGAGCCCAUCUCUCUAUUUUUCCGACUGUUAUGUAAAAACAGAAAGGACAUUCUGUUUGGUCAGGAUUCCUGACUUUUGUGCUGUGCUAACUAUUUUGCUGAAUGCAGAAUUGCUUCGUCCUUGUCUGAACAUUUGCUCGCAGUCAGCCAGUUUAUCUUUGACAAAGAAAGAAAUGUUAUUAUGUUAAUUCUGCAUAAUUUAAUCACACUACAAAUGGGAAAGCUGACAGUAGAUUCAGAGAUUUACCUGGCCUAGGUCUCCUCUGGAUGUUUCUUCAUAUGUAAUUGCCACAUUAGAUAAACAGUAGUCAGGCUGACCUUCAAUGAAUACACAGUUUAAUGAUAAUUACAGUAAAGGAAAAUAAUCAUUAAUAUCAUAGAAAGUCUGAGACCAUAUUCAAUAGAUUAAGAUAAAACAAACAUUCAGUAACUAAGGGAAGACCUUUAAUGUUAACAGCCAGGAGUGUGUUUCCCAAAAGCAUCGUUAGCCAUCUAUGGUCGCAAGUUCCAUCGUUACCAACAUAGUUCAUCGUGUUUCCCAAAACCGUAGUCCCAACGAACAUUCGCAAACAGCAUCGCAAAAUUGUGUGUUUGGAACUACAGCUCUCUACCUGUGGUUAGAAGCAUAGUUUCUUGUUAGUUUGCUGUGUGGACAUUAUUUCACUUCGCUGAGGCUUCUAUAUGUUUCAUUCUGUCAACACUUUGACCACGUUUAAACAUGCAUUUGAGAAAAAUAUUUAUUUCUGAGUUUUGCAGAAAGCUGCAUUCUGAAACAUCACGUAAAAGCGAGUGCAGCCGUUUAAGGGAUUAAAAGCUGUUAAGAGAAAGCGCUUUAUCGCACAUGGUUUCUGUCAGAGAACACAGCUUUUAUGUGUUUAUGUUAAUGCAUAAGUGCCGAUAAUAUGUUUUUGAAGAGUGCGUAUGUGCAUAUAUGCUUAAGUGUGUCAGUGGAACACCAAAGUCUGAUGUAAAUUGAAACCCCAAUAUUGCAGCGCAAUGCAUCUGUCGCAUUACAAAGUGCAUACCACUUUCGUGUCUUUAGCAGCUUUCUUGUAUUAAAUGUGUAAAUGAGUUUAUAAUUUAAUCUUUAUAAUUUAAUCGUUAUUUCUUCGACCCCGGAGUAACGUCAUUAAAGACAGAUCAACCGCCAUGGUUUGAACGAUGGAUGUGCGACAUAGUUACAACGGUUUUGGGAAAAAGUCAUGACUAGCUAGUUAAUUUUUUUGUGGUCUAACACCUUGACAAAGCCUCUUUUACAUGGUGAUGCUAUCACUGUGUGUAGGGUAUUUGCUCAAAAAACAAGAGCUAAAGCAGGCAGAAGAAGAGUUACCUGUUGUCCUCAAGGUUUUGUUUCUAAUGACCAGGCCCAGACAGAAUCUGUUGAGUUUAUCUGUGCUGAUUUAUUUUUAAAAUAAGCAGAAUUCUGCAGAAUGGAUUUAAAUAUGGCAAAAUGUGUUAAACUGAGCUCUUAUUAUUGGUAUUAUUAAAUUAGGUGGCGUAUUUAAUAAAGAAACACACAAUAGCCAGGGUGUGGGUAAAACUUUAUUAAUGAUGGGCGUUCCAUUUCAUUUUCUGCAGAGUUCAGUGGGCACAGAUUCCAUGAGGGCCUGCUAAUGACUGAUCCAACAGGUCUAUGUCUGAUCCAAGCUGUAAUGUUUGAUCUGUCGCUGUUGCAUCCUAAACAUGACACUACAUAGAAAUUUUGGCCAGUAUAAGACUCAGCACAGAUACUGACACAUAAAAAUAAAACACCUCCGUCAGUGCUCCAGACUUUGCCCAGUGCAGCGUGUCUCGUCUGCCCUGCUGGUGAACUGUGCUGUGGGGCUCACAGCUCUCUGCUCUCUUCUCCUCCGAGGUGCCGGUUUGGACUGAGCUUCCUAAUCUCCUGCAGCUUAACUACACCACCGCCUGUGCAGGACUACACACACACAACACAGCAUUACAUAUUUUAGAAAGACCCACUGUGGUGUAAUUGCUCAACCUGCAGGCUUGUUCUGUCUCAUUCAUUAGUUACAUUUCUUUCAUUUGUUCUCUAUUACUCAUUAGUUCUUUCUCUUUCAUUAUUUUUUUAUUUUCUUUUGCUUGUUUGUUCUUUCAUUCAUUUGUUCUUUUUUUUGCUAUUUUUUACCUUUCAUUUGUUCUUUUUUUUUUUGCUCAUUUCAUUCAUUAUUUCUCUCGUUCAUUUUGCAUUCACUCAUUCUUUCUAUAAUUUCAUUCUUUGUCUUUAUUUCUAUCUAUCUGUUCUUUCACUAUCUUUCAUAUUUUAAAAAACUAUUUCAUCCUUUCAUUUGUUCUUUUCUCUGGUUUUCUUGUUCUUUCAUUCAUUCUUUCUCAUUCGUUCUGCAUUAAUUUGUUCUUUCUUUCUAUGAUUUCUUUCUUUCAUUCUCUUUCAUUUGUUUUGCUUAUUUUUUAUCUUUCAUUUGUUCAGUUUCUUUCGUUGCUUGUUCCUUUAUUCCUUUCUUGUUCUUUCUUCAUGUUUUCUUUCUAUGAUUUCUUUCUUUCUAACUGUUAUUUCUUUCAUUCUUCCAUUUAUUUAUUUUUUGCAAAUUUUUUCUCUUUCAUUUGUUCUUUUUGUUGUGUGCAUGUUAUUUCAUUUGCUCUUUCUCAUUUGUUCAUUCUCAAGAACCUCUUAGUGGUUCCCGUCACUCCACUUAUGGUUGCAGAUUACUUGAUGAACCGGCCUCAUGCUGCACUCACCCUUAGCUAACAUAAAGUGUUCCCUCUGUGCUCUGGUAUGGGAGUUUGCUUACUAGUUGUGCCUAUGCUAGAAUGCUAAACAUGAGCACAGCAGGAAUGAGAAACUUACAAUGACAAAUUAAUCUUAUGUUUCAUUUAAUCGCUUUUAAGUAAUAGCACCAUUUUGAAUUCUUCUUACUCACACAGCUCACGGUAAGUCUGUUAAUGCCUGUAUAUAGAACAGUCUCUUCAGUAACAGAUACCAUUACAUUCAAGGAAAAUAUCUCCAAAACAACUCAGAAAUCUCCCUCUUACCGCAGAAAGAGGGAUAAGGAGACUACACUGUCACGCACUGCUGGGCGUUGCCAAGGCAAGGAUAAAAGUUGAAGUGGAGGAACUCUUCAGUUGUCAUAGCGACGGGCUCUUUGGCUGGCCUGUCGGGCUUGGACAGAGCAUCGGACACCUGGUCAAUCCAUAGAACCAGAACUGAGCUUGUGUGCUCCAUAAGCAGCAAAUUGUGGUACUACAUGUACUGAACACACAUACACUGCACAUAAAUUUAUAAAUAUAUCAAUAUAUAUAAUUAUACAUAUAUAUAAUUAUACAUAAAGCCAGAUAUAUACAAAACUUCAACUCCCGGGAACUGGAUGAAGCUGUAUUACAUGUCAGACAUACAGUGGACUUCUCUCCGGUUCAUUUGAAGUUUAUCUGUUGAUUUCACUAUUUUUACAUUGUUUAUUUUUUUGUGUGUGUCAUAUUGAUAUAGUGUAUGAAUGACAAUGGUGGCAUUUAUUGUGGUUUUCUGACAUCUGACUAAAAAAAACUGAAUAAAUUAGAAGGAAAGCACUGAGAAUAGCUCCCGAGCUCAGAGGGCUAAAGUGA